UUCCAUUCUUCUGGCAUGAAAGAAGUCAAGGGAUGUUCUCCCGUUAAAAAAAACAGAAAAGAAAAGAAAAAACAAGUUUGAGAGAUGGGUCAGUGUGAGAAGGGAUGAGUUGAAGAAAGAAAGAAAGGAAAGCUGUACUGGAAUGUUUCAUCUUUUUGUUAUAUGAAAAUUUUUUUAAAAAUCCCAGUCUCAAAGUGAGUUUCGGGACUUUGUGUCUUCAGCGGUGGUUUCGGAGCGACAUGGCCGCCCAGCGCGUCCCUCUGAGCGGCUGCUCUCAGCACUCUGACCCGGGCUCGAACAGCGAGCGGAGCGCUGAUUCCCCUCUGCCCGCCUCGGAGAGCGACUCGAGCGGCCACGUGUCCCCGCCCAACCCGGACUGGACCGAGGAGCGGUUCCGUGUGGACCGAAAAAGACUAGAAACCCUGUUAUUAGCAGCCAGUGAAGGGCGAGUCAUCGGAGGAGAGGAUUUUUUCCAGAAGAUCAUGGAUGAAACGAGCACUCAGAUCGCCUGGCCUUCCAAACUGAAGAUCGGAGCCAAAUCCAAAAAAGAUCCUCACAUUAAGGUCAGUGGGAGGAGAGAUGAUGUGCGAGAAGCGAAAGAAAGGAUCCUGGCUGUUCUAGACACGAAGAGUAAACGUGUGACGCUGAAGAUGGACGUUUCACACACGGAGCACUCGCACGUGAUCGGGAAAGGAGGGAACAACAUCAAACGUGUGAUGGAGGAGACGGGCUGCCACAUCCACUUCCCCGACUCCAACAGGAACAGCCAGGGGGAGAAGAGCAACCAGGUGUCUAUAGCAGGGCAGUCAGCAGGAGUGGAAACAGCCAGGGCUAAAAUCCGGGAGUUGAUGUCAUUGGUGUUGAUGAUUGAGUGUGGCGGAUUUGUCGAGUCUCUCGACCUCGGCUCUCCAGUCGUCCAGCACAUCGCACAGUCUUGCGGCGUCGCCAUUACGUGCAAGCCGCCCUCCCAUAUCUACGGCAACACCGCCGUCGUCCGUGGCAACCAAAGCAACGCCGCAGCAGUCAAGCGUGCUGUGGCUCUGCUGUUGGAUCAUCUGGCUGGUUCCAUGUCUGGCUCGGUGACGGUCAGCACUCAGCUGGACAUCGCGCCUCAGCACCACCUGAGCCUCCUGGGCCGAAACGCCGCCAACCUCAAACACAUCAGCCAGCGCACCGGCGCCCACAUCCACUUCCCCGAUCCCAGCACGCCCUCACACACUCACGCUCACACACGCCGCUCCAGCGUCUACAUUCAGGGCAGCAUCGACGCCGUGUGUGACGCCAGGCAGCAGCUCAUGGGCUGCUUGCCGCUGGUUUUAAUGUUCGACAUUAAGGAGGAGGCUGAGAUCGAGCCCCAGUGCAUCGCAACUCUUAUGGAGCAGCUAGACGUCUUCAUCAGCAUUAAACCCAAACCCAAACAACCCAGCAAGUCUGUGAUUGUAAAGAGCGUGGAGAGAAAUGCGGUGAACAUGUACGAGGCACGCAGGCUGCUCCAGGCUCUGGAGAGUGCGUGCGGAUCCUCUCCCAGUCCCCCCGUUUCUUCUCCUUUUCCUCUGGGUACCAACAGCGUCCCUGUUAAUGACCACAGCUCCUCCUCGUCACUCCUCAACCCUGUCGGACUGGAUGUCUUGGCCUCAGCUGGACUGGGACUAAGCACUCUGGGCCUCUUGGGUUCCCCGGACCUUCCCGCCCAUAACGGCUCGUCCGAUUCUAACUCUGUUCUAAACGGGCAUGGUUCUGUCCCAAAUGGACCUAAUGAUGUAGUCGGGACACUACAGAGCAGCAACCAUACACACACCCUCUCUCCGUUACAGGGGCCUUCCCUCUGGACCAACACUCACACGACAUCAGGCAACACUGCAGGGUUCUCCUCUGUCCUGAUGUUGCAGUCUGUCGCUCAGGGUUCUCUCAGUGGCCUGCUGCUGUCCGGAGUCCACGGUUACAGCCAGAAUUACACACAGAGUCCCUCUCUCACACACUCGCACACUCACACUCACACGCACACUCCUUCGCCCCCACCGGGACUGGCGCCAAUACACAAACCAGUGAGCACAGAGCAGCUCAAAACACAUAGGCCUUCUAUGUACAGAGGGAUUUCAUCCGUGUCACUUACUGAAUCCAUGCUGGAAGCACAGGAAGUUAACGGGCACAGCCACUCAGAAGCUCUUUCAUCCAAAUCUAGCUCUGAUGAAGGCUCGGACACGUUUGUCGAAGUGGGCAUGCCCAGAAGCCCUUCCCACUCAGCCAAUGGGAGCGAGCUGAAGCAGAUGCUGGCUUCCUGUUCGGUGUCGUCAGGGAAACGGCAGACUGUCGAACUGCUCCAAGGCACCAAGAAUUCACAUCUCCGAUCUGAAUGUUUAUUGUCGGAUUCUGAGCCUGACGCUGUAACUGAUAAGAGAGCACCAGGCAGCGAGAGAGCAGCAGAGAGGAACAGACUGGCACCUCAUGUACAAGCCUAUGACUAUGAACAGAAGAAGCUACUCGCCACUAAAGCCAUGCUGAAGAAGCCAGUGGUGACCGAGGUUCGGACCCCGACCAACACGUGGAGCGGGCUCGGCUUUUCCAAGUCCAUGCCUGCAGAGAGCAUCAAGCAGCUCCGCAGAGCCAGCCAUACAGCCUACAAACCCUCAGUUAACACUACGGGCACUCCUCUCUCCGUAUCAUGCGCAGGGAACAGGGAGACUCAGAGUAUCGACGGCGACGGUGAGAGCUGGUGCACGAGAAACGGAAGCUGUGUGAGGAACGGUAGUGGAGCAGGAGCAACACGCACGUUCCCCUCCACCAUCGGCGCUCCGGAGAGGAGCAAGAGCAGGACCGCUAUGGAUCAGUACCUGAGCAGCAGUAACUAUAUGGAGUGUAUCUCGUUCAUGGGUGGCAGUAAGGCGUCGUGUCUGAGCUCCUCUGUUAAAGGUACGGACCUGCCCGAGCUCUUCAGCACUCUGGGACUGGGCAAAUACACCGACGUCUUCCAGCAGCAGGAGAUUGACCUGCAGACGUUUGUCACGCUGACUGAUCCAGACCUGAAGGAAUUGGGAAUCACGACGUUUGGAGCACGUAGGAAAAUGCUGCUGGCUAUCUCGGAACUGAAUAAGAGCCGACGGGAGCUUUUCGAGCCUUCGAACGUACGCACGUCGUUCCUGGAGGGCGGAGUGAACAGCCGCCUCGCGCGACACUUCCACGCCGACGUGGCCAGCGUGAGCGGGCGCUGGUGACGGGGGGCAAAAAGCACGGCAAUAAAAUCUACUAAUACCUCUGUGGUACUAGUUAACGGUACCUCUACAUGGACUACACACCUUCCCCUUUCUAAUGUGGAGAUUCUGAUCACUUGGAGCAAAUCCUUUUCAUUCUAUUCAAGCAGGCUGGAUAAUGUGGAAAGCCAUAAGGGCCAAUAAGAUCCGAUUUUUAGCCAAAAUUGCCACAAGUGCCGAAAAGCAAACCGUUGACUGUCCUCAGAGGUAGGUCGGGGAUGACGGGAGAAGGGGAGGGUUGGCUGCUAGUUUGUUGUUCAGAGUUAAACGUGUGUUAAAUCGUAAACUGACGCAGUGUUAUUACCUGUAACGGUACUAGUUUAUUGUUAAGAAGCAGGCACACAUGGGCGCAUUAACUUUGGUACUCCUGCCUCUUCUGGCAUAUUGAAGUAUCAGUAUUAAGCACUUUAAGAUAGCUUUUACAUGCGUGUGUGUGUGUGUGUGUGCGCGUCUGUGUGUGUGUUGCAUGUCAAUCCAGUGCCAAAGCACUUACCGACCGUCAAAGUUCAAAGGUCAAAGUUCAAGCUUGAGGCCUUGUUGAUUAUAUUGGUACAUAUCGGUGUUAUUCAUUGGUGUUGUUAUAAGGCUGCACUUACUCUAGUGUAUAUUUAAUUUUUAAAAAAUUUUUUUUACUAUAAACAUUUUCAAUUUAUAUAUUUACUUUUCCUUAAGAAGCAUUAGUUUACAUUUUUUUUAUCGUCUCAUAUUGUACUUAUGAGUUCAUUUGUGGAUAACCUUGUCAGUUUUUUUGUUUUGUUUUGUUUUGUUUUUUUUCUCAUCAUGCCUCCAGAUUUUCAAGGUAAAAAAGCAAUUCAUGGCGAUUGAUAUCCAUGAUGGAAUUCAUCAUUAAAUUUUUUUUUUUUUUUUUUUUCCCCAUUCCGUAUUCUCGCGAUCGUUUAUUUAAUCGGGACACAUUCUGUAAAUCUGACUAGCAAUUCAGUCUUAAGAAUUCACUCAGGGCUUUCGUUACAGGACCCGAAAAUCAGCUUGAUUAACUCCUGAGUCUGUGUUUUCAUUUACAGACACUAUUUCAGGAUUAUCCUACAAUCUAGACUACAAAAAAAAAAUCUAAUUUACACUUUUAUGAACUUUAAUUCAACCUCAAAUGUAAUGACCCAGCUGAGAUGCGUGUUUUGUUUUGUUUUGCACUAAAGCUAUGAGGCUCAUACAGGUAAUAUCAGACCAACAUAGACGUCUCUCCCACCGACAGGCUUUAGGCUCAACAGUAUCAUCGAUUUGAUCUAUACAGACGAAUUUACACCUCUGUAUGAACAUCAUCAUCGACUGUAUAACUUAAGAACUUUCCAGUACAAUUGAAUACUCCCCUGUCUUCUUCGCUGUAGCACUUGCGCUGUUCUAGCACACUGUGUUGUGAACUUGAACAAAGUUCAGAUCUUGGUGUCGUCGCGUAUGAAUUGAAGCGAAACUCUAAUGGGGGCGGGUUUAAGUUGCCAAAGCUGGCCGCCUUUUCCACAACGUUAAUGCUUUAGGCUACACAGCGAAUUGAAGUUUAUAGAUUACAGGAAGUCCCACUGUGUCCUAAACCUCUAUAACAUCAUACUGGGAUAGUUUUUGAAGAACUGGAUGGGGUUUGAGGCUGAUGGUAAAGAUUGGUAGAAAAGAGAUUUCUCGUUUUUAUUAGCUACGUUAGCCUCCUAGUGCUGGUGCAACCGCAACACCGAAAAAGGCAAACAUGCCAUGACUGCUCGAAAUUUUACAUUUGUUUUGUCAUUUUCUUUUCCAGUUCCCCUUAGACCUGUGGCACAUUUCCUAUUGUUUUGGAUCUUAUAUAUAUAU